AUGAUCUCAGCCCUUGAAACUAGUUUCGGUUAUGUUUUGAUGGGAAAUAUUCCACCCACAAACAUUACAAACAUCCAUUCCUUUCUUACUGCUUUCUCAACUGAUGACACAGAUCAGUUGGAUGCAACAUUGAAACAAUUCUGGGCAGUUGAGGAAGUGCCAGAAGUUAAAUCUUGUUCUCCAGACGACUCGUUCUGCGAGAAAUUAUAUUCUGAAUCAACUUCUCGAAAUUUAGAGGGCAGAUUUAUUCAGCUGGCACUCGAUGAACCAGACUUACCUGUAGCCUCGUCUAUACUUCUGAAUGAUACUUACGUAGACGAUGUGGUGACAGGAAGAGAUUCUUUACAAGCUAGUGUUGUCUCUAUAAAAGAAUUGAUAUAUUUAUUAAAUCGUGGUGGAUUUGAGCUACACAAAUGGGCAAGUAAUGCUCCUCAAUUAUUCUCUCUUGCUGAUAUCCCUUUGGAAAGUAUUCUGCAGCAGUUUUUUUCAUUCGAUUUAGAUCAAUUAUCGUUGAAGUUGUUAAGGCUUGGAUGGAAUCCAACAACUGAUAAUUUCUUUUACAAAAUUCUACCUCUCCAAGCUUCCUGUACAAAACGAAACCUCUUGAGCCAAAUAGAUCGCAUAUUCGAUCCUUACGGGAUUCUUAAUCCUGUCACUUUGAUAGUAAAAAUUAUUAUUCAGCAUCUUUGGUUACUUAAUUUAGAUUGGGACGCAACUCCACCUUUGGAAAUUACUUCAAAGUGGGAGCAAUUUAAAAUUCAAUUGCCUUUACUCUCAAAGUUUUCUAUACCUCGCUAUAUUCCAUUAAGUGGAAAUAUUUUCUGUGAACUUCAUGGGUUCUGCGACGCUUCUUUACGUGGAUCAUCUGCUGUUACAUAUCUUCGUGUUUGUUAUGAUACAGGAGUCAUCAAAACCUACUUUCUCUUAGCUCGAACAAAGGUGUCUCUUACCAGAGUUCAAACUAUUCCUCGUCUCGAGCUCAAUGCAGCCGUGAUUCUUAGUAAAUUAAUGUCUUAUUUACUGCAAAUCCUUACUAUCUCGUUUAGUAGAAUUUAUGCGUGGUCAGAUUCGACUGUCGUCCUUCAUUGGAUUAAUUCACAACUGUAUAAAUGGAAAACUUUCGUAAGUAACAGAAUUUCUUAUAUUCAGGAUAGGGUUGUUUCGAAACACUGGCGAUAUAUUCCUUCGUCAUUAAAUAGUGCGGAUCACGGAUCCCGUGGACUUUUCCCUGAGGACUUCUUAAAUACUCCUACUUGGUGGGUGGGUCCGGAGUUCCUUCGCACUACUGAAAAUAAUUGGACAUUCUCUUUGCCCGAUUCUAUCGAACAUGAUAUAGAAUUGAAACCGAAAAGUUGUCUUUUAUCUUUUCCAACAGAUGAAUUCGUCGAUAAUCUCUGUAAUCGAUUUUCUUCAUUUUCAAAAUUGAAACGCAUCUUCUCGUAUGUUCUCAGAUUCAUUGGUAAUCUAAAAUCAGCCAAUCAACGAACCGUUGGAAUGCUUACUCUUCAAGAGCAAAGUUAUGUCACUAAUAAAUUAAUUAAAUUAAUGCAACAAAGAUAUCUGAAGGAGGAAAUAGAGUAG